CACCUGAGAGUCCGGCGGGAGAGGCGAGGUGAGUGUCGGUAGAACACCACAAGACGCUAAAAACUAAAGCAGUAUAUCCAAAUAAUAAGGCAAAAUAGAAAGAGAAGACAGGGGGAAGACGCGACGCAGUAUGGCACCCAGUUUUCCCAAAAGACAGAACAUGACCUCCAGCUAAGUGACUAGUCAGAAGCCAAAAUCGUGGCUGUUGACAGUGGACAAAUGUGUAACGAGAUGUGCAGGGUCCAUCAGGACACUGGAUGUCAUAUGGUCGCUCAUACAAAGAGCGAGCUGCAUGGAACCCAAAGUUCUUUAUGGUCACCGACUGUAAGAUGCUGCUUCUGGACAAAGAGGAGGAGAGGCGCUCUGAGUCGUGCAAGGUCCGUCUUCUCCGACGCACCAUCAGUGUCCCUGUGGAAACCCAGUUCCCAGAAUUGCACAGCCAGUUAUCCAGUGAGAGUGAGUCUCCUCCAGAAAGGGCAGGGCGCCGACGCAGCAUGCCAGGCACCUCCUCAGAUAAGACCACACCCGCAAUGGAGCCUGCAUCCGCCGCUGCUGCCACCACACCUUUCAGAGUCACCGUGAGUACUGGCUUUCUAAGUCGAAGGUUGAAGGGCUCAAUAAAGCGGACCAAGAGUCAACCCAAACUUGACCGCAAUUCCAGCUUCAGACACAUCCUUCCUGGCUUCAGGAGUGUCGACAAUGACAGAUCUCAUCUGAUGCCGAGGCUGAAGGAGUCUCGCUCCCACGAGUCGUUGCUCAGUCCCAGCAGUGCUGUGGAAGCCCUGGACCUAAGUAUGGAGGACGAGGUCAUCAUCAAACCUGUUCACAGCAGCAUCCUCGGACAGGACUACUGCUUUGAGGUUACCACCUCCACAGGAAGCAAAUGCUUUUCCUGUCGUUCAUCAGCAGAGAGAGACAAAUGGAUGGAGAAUCUGAGGAGAGCAGUACAGCCCAACAAGGACAACAGUCGUCGGGUGGAGAACAUGCUGAGGCUGUGGAUCAUUGAGGCCAAAGACCUGCCGGCCAAGAAAAAGUACUUCUGCGAGCUUUGUCUCGACGACUCACUCUAUGCCCGCACCACCUGUAAACUGAAAACUGACAAUGUCUUCUGGGGAGAACACUUUGAAUUCAACAACCUGCCUGCUGUCAAGAGCAUCACGGCCCACCUCUACAAAGAUACAGACAAGAAGAAAAAGAAAGACAAGAACAACUACAUUGGACUGGUCAAUAUCCCUGUUGCAGCUGUGACGGGACGGCAGUUUGUAGAGAAGUGGUAUCCAGUGAGCACGCCGAACCCCACCAAGGGCAAGACAUCAGGGCCCAUGAUCAGAAUCAAGGCUCGCUAUCAAAGCAUGAACAUCCUGCCCAUGGAGAUGUACAAGGAGUUUGCGGAGUACACCACCAAUCACUACAUGCUUCUGUGUUCAGUGCUUGAGCCCGGGAUCAGUGUUAAGAACAAGGAGGAGAUGGCAUGUGCUCUGGUUCACAUUCUGCAGAGCACUGGCAAGGCCAAGGACUUCCUCACAGACUUGAUGAUGUCGGAGGUUGACCGCUGCGGGGAAAAUGAGCACCUGAUCUUCAGGGAGAACACACUGGCCACAAAGGCGAUAGAGGAAUACCUCAAACUGGUGGGGCAGAAGUACCUGCAGGACGCCCUCGGCGAGUUUAUCAAGGCCCUGUAUGAGUCAGAUGAGAACUGUGAGGUGGAUCCAUCCAAAUGUUCAUCAGGUGACCUGCCAGAACACCAGAGCAACUUGAAGAUGUGCUGUGAGCUGGCCUUCUGCAAAAUUAUCAACUCAUACUGCGUUUUUCCUCGAGAACUGAAGGAGGUGUUUGCAUCGUGGCGGCAGGAAUGCAGCAACCGUGGGCGACCAGACAUCAGCGAGCGGUUAAUCAGCGCGUCCUUGUUCCUGCGUUUUCUGUGUCCGGCCAUCAUGUCGCCCUCACUUUUCAAUCUGAUGCAAGAGUAUCCUGAUGACCGCACCGCACGCACACUCACACUCAUCGCUAAAGUCACCCAGAACCUGGCCAACUUCACCAAGUUUGGCAGUAAGGAAGAGUACAUGUCCUUCAUGAACCAGUUCCUUGAGCACGAGUGGACCAACAUGCAGCGCUUCCUGCUUGAGAUCUCCAACCCAGAGACAAUCUCCAACACAGCAGGUUUUGAGGGCUAUAUCGACCUGGGCAGGGAGCUCUCCACCCUGCACUCCCUGCUCUCUGAGGUGGUGUCCCAGAUGGAGCAGGGUGCGGCCACUAAGCUGGGUCCCCUGCCCAGGAUCCUGCGGGAGGUGAACUCAGCUGUGUCCAACCCGUCCUGUAUGCAGAUGACACCUGGACAGUCCUCAGAGCACAUGGGCUCCCCUCCCGCUGUGGCAGGCUGCAGCAUCUCCACAGGCCUGCAGAAGAUGGUCAUAGACAGUGACCUUUCUGGAUUGGUUGACUUCACGAGGUUACCCUCCCCCACCCCAGAAAACAAGGACCUAUUCUUUGUGACAAGGAGCUCAGGAAUCCAGCCCUCCCCAGCACGCAGCUCCAGCUACUCCGAGUCCAAUGAGCCUGACUUGGGCAUGGCCAAUGGCAGCAAGAGCCUGUCCAUGGUGGACCUUCAAGACCCUCGCAGUCUGGAGGGUGGCCCAGGUCCCAGUGCCUCAGAUGGCCUCAGUGAAAGCUCUACCUCUGGGGGAGUGUGGUCAGCCAGAACCCCACAGGGCAAUAUCCCUGGAGGUCCCACCCUACGGAGGCCAGGCCAGACCCCCACCACUCCGGGAGCAGAAAGCACCCCAGGCCGACCUGCCCAGCUCCUAGCCCCACUUUCCUUCCAGAACCCCGUCUACCAGAUGGCUGCUGGCUUGCCCGUGUCCCCGCGUGGCAUGGCCGACUCCGGCUCUGAGUGCCACAGCUCCGUCAGUUCCCAUAGCAACAAUGAGGACGGGCCAGCAGGAGGAAAGCAUGCCUUCCUGAACCAAGGUGGAGGUGGAGGGGUAGGUGGGGGUGGUGGGAGCAGUGGGGAUGAGUACACCAGGCGCUCAGGGGAGUUCACCCGCCGACAACUGUCGCUCACAGAAGCCCAGCACCAACCCACUGUCCCCAGACAGAAUAGCGCUGGCCCCCAGCGCAGGAUAGACCAACCUCCACCUCAGAGUGUCACCCGGGGACGCACACCCCCCAACCUACUCAACAGUGGGCCAUACCCCCGGCCCUCAUCUGGCAGCAUGAUGUCAUCAUCGCCCGACUGGCCGUGCAGCGGGGCUCGGCUCCGACAGCAGUCGUCCUCAUCUAAAGGCGACAGUCCUGAGACCAAGCAGAGGGCUCAGCACAAACAGGCCCCCUCCCCAGUGAACCCCAAUGCGCUGGACCGCACGGCAGCCUGGCUAUUGAAUAUGAAUGUGCAGUAUUUAGACCAUGAGGGGAUGGAGCUCGAGUCACUGAAAAACAGAGAGGAUCUGACUCAGGUGGAGAAGUACCAGCAGGAGAUUGCAGUGCUGCAGGAGAAGCUGCGUGCGUCUGUACAGAAGCUUGAAGAGUAUGAAGCUCGCCUCAAAGGCCAGGACGAACAAGCCCAAAAGGUCCUGAUGGAGUACCAGGCCAGGCUGGAGGAGUCUGAGGAGCGACUGCGUAGACAGCAGGAUGACAAGGACCUCCAGAUGAAAGGCAUCAUCAGCAGGUUAAUGUCAGUGGAGGAAGAGCUAAAGAAGGAUCAUUCAGACAUGCAAGCAGUGGUCGAUUCCAAACAGAAGAUCAUAGACGCACAGGAGAAACGCAUAGCAUCCCUGGAUGCAGCCAAUAAUCGUCUGAUGAGUGCACUGACCCAGCUGAAGGAGCGAUACAGCAUGCAGACCCGCAAUGGCAUCUCCCCCACCAACCCCACCAAGCUCCAGAUCACAGAGAAUGGAGAAUUUAGGAACAGCAGCAACUGCUAGACAAACUGGCAUCUGACUGGAGCGUUUGUGGUGCACAUGUGUAUGCGUUUGAAUGAGAGUAUGUCUACGUGCCUGCAUGGAUGCAUGUCUGUUUGAAAGAAUGUGUGUAUAUGUGUGAGUGUUUCUAAAAAGGAGACGUAGCACUUGCGGAGCACACUUCCUUUUUUGGACACUUAACAAUGUAGGAGUGAGGACGUCACUCUGUGGGGCCAACCGGAAGAGGUGGGACUUCAGUACGACAGACAGAUUACUAAGAGAAUGAGAGCCAGUGGGCGUAACUGAUCACCUGAGGGCCUUCAGGAAGAGGGCGACGGCCAGAGGAGGUGGGGCAAAACUUGUAGAUAAUGAAUUUAAAGCUCUCCAUCAGUCAACCGAUUUGGAUAUUUCCAAUGGAUGUAUGCAGUUGUUGGGAUUAAUUCAAGACCCUGCCCACAUCAGGGACAAACCACUAUAUAAUCACACACAGUGGCUGUUAGAGACAGCCGCCCUAGUACCCCUCCUCUCGUCCUCUCUCUUUCUUCUUCUUGACAACAAAGUGGACCCAGUAAAAACAAAAACACAGCAUUGACAAGUCUCACUAUAGUUGUCUUGAGAGUGUUAUUUUCCAGUGCUUUAUUUCAAUGUCCUUGUUUUUCAAAAAAAAAAAAACAACCAAAUAGGAGCUUCAGAAGAUAUUUUUAACCCAAAACAAUCGACUUGUUUCCCCUCUCAGUCCUUGGGUGUGUUCCAAAAUGCUCCCGCUAAUCCCAGUCCUUGCCAACCCUAUGUAGUGCACUUUGUGAAAGCUAUUGGUACAUGAAACGCCUUAAGUAAGGAACACACUUUUCUUUGUCCUGCAGCUCCCCAAUUUCUGCAAAAAAGGCACAACUUAUACUGUGGAUUUGUAAAGGAUAAAAAAUAAAUUGUACACAAUGUAUUAUGAACACUAAAGUAAAUGAACUCUAUGUGAUACUAUAUUAAUGAAAUUUAAUAUAGAUGUAUGCAUUUCUUUUUCUUCUAUAGAAUAUACACACAUAUACCUAUAUUUGAUAAUCUCAAAUAUAAAAGCAGCCCUUUAUUUAGGAGUGAGUUCUGAAACUUAGUGAGGUUUUUCUUUUUUUUUUUUUUUCCAAUGAUUGACAGAAGCUUUGGUGUAUAGUUUGCUUUAGGGCCCUGGGGAAGAGACCACAUAGAGCAGUGAUCAGCAUCAUCACAAUAAUCCUCAUCUUCAUGAUGUUUAAUCCUUUAAACGUGUGCUAUCUUUGAGUGACAACAGUUUGCAGCUAUAACAUCUCUAGUGUGAUGAGUGUGAACUCAAGAGUAAACAGUCAGGUGAUCAUGGGUCAUGGUGCUCAUCGCUGCUCUUAAUAACAGACAACACGGUUCAGUGGAACCAGUCACAUUGUCUCGACUGGAUUUAGCAGGUCAUCUGUCACGCUGCCUGGUGGGUACAUGGCCUUGGUUUGGACGUGAGCCAUAUUUGUGGUCUUUUCACCCUAGUAGCACAACGAGAGCUAUGUAGAGGCAUGUGUUUAGGCACACUCACACAUACUAUACACUGGACCAGUGGGCCGUUGAAAUGAUGGCUGACUAAGUAAGAAACUCAAGCGGUUUUGUUUGUCAGUGGUAAUGAAGUAUGCUGCAUCCAAACUGUGACUCAAGUUAAUCUUUCUGGCAUCACCUCUCUUCUCCUUUUUCUUUUUUCUCUCUGUCUCUCUCUCUCUCUCACCCUCUCUCUCUCUCUCUCACCCUCCUUCCCACCCUUUCUUCUGAAUGUGAAGAUGCUAACUCACAGCUGGUCUUAACAGGGGGUUUGUCCCUCAAAAUGACCCUGUCUUUGCCAUUACAUCCCUUAGCCCCGUGCCAUUUCAGCAUCUAGAGUUUGUAUAUUUUUGUAUUCAUUUUUCUUACCUUUAAUAGACUAUAAACAUUAAGUGUGAGGCUCUGUGUGCAUCAUUCUGGCUCUGUAGCCAAUGAUAGCAUCAGUAUCACCAUUUCUUUUCCUUUUUUUCCUUUUUGUUUUCGCCAAUUGGAAAAGGAUGAUGAUGAUGAUGAUGAUGAUGAUGAUGAUGACAGUGUAUGGCUUGCUGCAGAAAUAUAUAAUAAUUGAGUGUAUUUAGAGGCUGGACAGCCUGGGAAAGUGUAAAUAAAAUGUUCACAAUAUUUUUACCUAAUGUUAACAGAGCUUUUUUUGUAAAUGUAUCUUGUGCUCAACUCUGCUGUAUCAAUAUGACAUGGAUAUUGUAAAUAUUAAAUAGCGCAAUCAGUCAUCAGUACUUUUUGGUUAGACCUAUAAAGUUAAUUUCAACUUUCAGUAUUCACCCUGUCAAACCUCUUGUUUUGUAUCACAGUAUAAUAUCAGUAGCAACAAACUGAUUUUAAUAGAUGUCGGGCUGUUGGGGAGUCAAGGAUGAUACCGUGUUGCUUUUGUCUACCAAUCUACAUCUCAGUCGUGUGAUGAGAAUCGCAAGCACAAUCCCAGUUUUCUUAGCAGUCUAACUCUAUGCACUUUUAUGUUCAGUGGUUGAUUCAUUUCAGAUGACCUGUUUUAAGGAUUUAAAAACAUGUGACAAAGUUAACAACUGAAGAAAGGGACUCUGCCGUGAUUAGCUCAUUAGAAUAAAAUAGGCUUUGACUGACGAGGCCAUAGAAACGGAGCGCAUUUAAGUCCCACCCACAUCCCUUUCCACAUGCUUAAAUUGUUGAGGGAAUUCAGAAGCCAGGCGGAGGCACCUUCACACAACACAAAGCCAAUGGAGAGGGAUGAAAUGAUGUAUGUGUUGCUGUCAUGUGUGCCAGGCUGCAAACCAUCUGUAAUUCCGCACAAAGAAAUCUCAAAGAGGGACUCUCACCAUGUUUAACUUUCUAAUUUGAUCUCCCAUAUAUUUGUUCAUGCAUUCCUUGUUCCCAUGUCAGUUCUAUUUUUUUGUAUGUUUGUUUGGUUUUUUUUAAGAGGUUUACAGUGAGAAAACUUGAGAGAACCAUGAUGGAUCUGUCUCUAUAGCUAUACCCACUCACUUAUUCACACAGGUCAGCCAGUCCAAGCAAAAGAAUCAUCUAAAUAUAAAGCUAUAAAUAAAAGUAAAAGAUGUUGUAUGUUUUCUAAUAUCUUGUAGAAAUACUUUUGUAAGUAUGUUGAAAGUAAAGUAUUUGCUGGAUUCUGCUUCCUUCGACGACAGUGACAAAACAAUAAUGUACAGAAGAAUUUGUUUGUGUUGACAAUAAUGUGGCUGUGCAAUUUAUGUACAUUUGCAACUAGACCUAUUAAAGUUUUAUUUAGCUAUUUUAA